AUCAGACUGGGGUUCGGGACGGCCUGAGCCGGAAACACCAUCGGGUUUACCAAAUCUACAGUCGAACCAGCGGAAAACACGUUCAGGUGCUCGGCAAAAAGAUCACUGCCAUGGGGGAGGAUGGAGACAAAUAUGCUCGUGGUGGAGGCAGACACCUUCGGGAGUCAAGUGAGAAUACGAGGAAAAGAAACAAACUACUACUUGUGCAUGAACCGCAAGGGGAAGCUCAUAGGAAAGAAAGACAGCAGCGUAAACGGAGGCUGCGUUUUCAUCGAGAUAAUGCUUGAGAAUAACUACACGGCCUGGAUGUCAGCACACUAUGUAGGCUGGUACGUUGGCUUUACCAAAAAGGGUCGGCCUCGAAGAGGCCCGAACACGUUACCCAACCAGCGGGACGUGCAUUUCAUGAAACGCUUUCCUCCAGGAGAACAACCCGACCUGCAGCCCUGCAGCUUCACCACAGUCAGCAAGAGGAGCAAAAGAGUCCAGCAGCCCUCCGCCUCUCCUCCGCCACUGCCAUAAAGCGCCAAACACUGACUAGAACUUGUACAUUUCAUCUAGCAGACUGACUAGAGACGCUCUUGAAAAUGUAUGUAAGUUAGACAUUAGGACCGACCUCUGGGUAGAAGUCAGUCGAAAGAUGAGGUUGUUUAAACACUGUGUAACCAUGCAAACAUAACCAAAGACUCCUGGGCAAGUGUCCAGUCGAUUCAACCCUGACAACAAGGGGACCAAGCACUUCAGAGGCCAAAGAAUUCACCUCUAAACGUCCAGUGCCACAGACUUUCAUCUGUCCCACUAUAAAAGAGCAAAGCGAUCUACUUAUGUGAUGUUGAACGGCUGGAAAUCUAAGCGCGCUGACUCUGAUGCUUUGUGAACGCAUCAAAAACAUCAACUUUGAGCCAAAUUUUUGGAGACUGCACCCAAGAACCAAAGUCAACCUGAAUGUAUUUGUCGAGAGAAUGCUAUUAGAGGUUUUUUUUUUGCCUGACAUGCGCUUUGCUGUUCACUUUCCAGCAGGAGAACAUUAAUAUUGUUCAGUGAUGGAAUUACUGGCGACCACUGAAGUGUAAUUUAAAGGGAGCAAUAUAGGCUGUGUACUAUUUUGAAGGGAUCACCCCUAUGCCCUAAUCCAAAAGUGCCCAAACUCAGUCCUGGAGGGCUGAUGUCCUGCAUAGUUUAGCUUCAAUUUGCUUCAACAUACCUCUCUGGAAGAUUCUAGUAUACUUAGAAAGUGCUUGAUUAGCUUUAGAUUGGGGUCUGAGGGGUUGGAACUAAACUCUGCAAGACACCGGCCCUCCAGGACUGGGUUUGUGCAAGCCUGCCCUAACCGUUUCAGAGCUUUGAAGGUAUAAGGCAGGGUUGUCCAAACUCAGUCCUGGAGGGCCAAUAUCCAGAAGAGUUUAGCUCCAACCCUAAUCAAACACACUUGAACCAGCUAGUCAAGCUCUUACUAGAUAUACUAGAAACUUCCUGGCAGGUGUGUUAAAGCAAGUUGGAGAUAAACUCUCCAGCACACAGGCCAUCCAGGACAGAGUUUGGACACCCUAUGUUUAAGGUGUAGCUAACAAAAACAUUUGUUCAGAACUCACUUCUGUCAUCUACAACAAAAAGAUGCGCAGAGUGAAGUGCCAUCUAUUGUACCUUUUGGAAUCCUUUAUUCCAAUGGUCUCAAACUCAAUUUCUGGAGGGCCGCAGCUCUGCAUAUUUUACUUCCAACCACCUUCAGCUUACACCUGCUUUAAGCUGGGGUCACACUAGAGUUUGUGCUUGCAAAAUUCUGUCCUACGACCAUGCGAAAAGGGGCGGGAUUAAGCAAGACGAUAAGACAUAAAAAAAGCGAGCGAUUUGUUUAUAUUUAAAUUUGUUUAAAUCUAAUUAAUAAGUGAUGCGAUUUUGCAGGUAAAAGUUCACCAAGCUUGAACUUUGCAACGCAUCGAAGUGCGGAACUUGACGCACGAACUUGCGUUUCCGUUCCGACUCAUUUGCGUGUGUAUUAAUGGAAAUCUAUGGCAAGAAGAGUUCAGUGCGACUGCAGCUUCAUAGUCUCUAGUAGUCUUGAACAUCUUGAAUAUUUGGAUCUAAAGUGUUUGAUUAGGGUUGGAGCAAAACAGUGCAGAGCUGCGGCCCUCCAGGAAUCGAGUUUGAGAUCCUAUUUUGGAACAGUGCUAUAAUAUAGUGGUCAUGAUUGUUUUCAAUCCAAAGUGCCCUUUGCGAACUGCUUUUGCUGCGUCCCAAUUGGCAUACUAUCCUUUCUAAAUAGUAUUUAAAAAUAGAAUUAAUAUGUCCCAAAUCAUAUGUUGAAAAGAGUAUGCCAAAGGUACCCAGAUGGUUUACUAUUUCCGGUAAAAAUGUGAAGUGUAGAAGCGCCCAGACUCUAAUCACUGAUAUUGCCCACAGUACAUUGGACAUCUAAUGAAUUCGAUUAGAACUACAAACAUGAUGGACGUGCAAGACCAACUGUUAAGAGAGGCUUCGGUAAAGAUGUUUGUAUGACUGCUAAUUAAUAUCUAGCCAACUAAAAAUUUUAUUGCGUUUUCCGUUUUAUUUAAUCUACAACAAUACUGAACUUCUAUAAAGACGUGUUUGGACAUCAACAUCUGAAUGCAGAACUAUCCAAAGACUUGAGGAGAUUUCUCUGAAUGAAACAUGUGAAUGGCAGAUUAGCAUGCUGCUGCUUCACCAAUAAGGUAGAAAAAUAUGACAGAAAUGUGGAUGAUUGACAGGACUCAUAACCAAGCAACAUAACAAUCUGUUAACGAGGAAGUAGAAUGUCCCAAAGCUUGCAUAUUUUUUUGCUGUUACACACUUCUGUUUCCUUCACAAAAUGAGAACAUACUUUCAGGGUGUAGUAUAAGUAUGCAAAUUGGGACGCAGCAAGGGUCAUGUUCAGAACACAAGUGUGACUACCGUUCAAAAGCUUCAGAUCAUUUAUGUUUUUUGGACUAAAAUAUUGUGCUGGAUUUCAUGUGGACAUUACUCACAUGAGCCUUCAUAAAUCAUUCUGUUUUUGUGCAUUUUCUUAAGAAUCAACAGUUGAGCUGCUCUAAAUUUGUGAAAACUGACUUUGUUUUUCUUUUUCAGAUUUUCCGAUGAAUAGAAGGAUGUUAAAAAUCUCCUUUCAGAAUUCUAAAAGGAAUAACUUUACUGCCACGUUUGUAUGAAUCGUAGCGGAAUAAAUGUAUUGAUUGGCUUUACAUAUUGAAAAUUGGAAGUAUUAUGAAGGCUUUAUCUGAGAUCUCAUAAGUCCAACCAAGAAGUACAUUUGCCAACCUUGCUGCCAUUCACAGCUGUAGUGGAUUGAGGCAUACUCUUAACAUGUACCUUUUUUGCCUACUAUAUAAGGGAAGCUUGUGAUUUCAGACACAGCCAGCAUAUUUGACUUUUCCAUGAUCUGCACUGAUGUUUGUGGCAUUCUAACAGAACAUAUCCAUUACAGACCACAACAUGAGUUGAUUUUCUCUCUGGAGCUUUCAAUCUAUCAGAGUUAUUCAGACUGACCCCGGAGCAUCCAGCCCUGCAAGUGUUGUAAUGCAAAAUGUUGUGGUUACCGCUGCAAAUUACUCUGUCCCAAAAUCACUUGGGGCUGGCGAAAUAUUGAGAUGAAAUAUUUUGAUACUAUUCAUGUUAUUAAAAUAUUUAUUUUGAGGAUACUUUGACUAUUGUGUUUCAUUGCCACCUAGUGGAGUGUGCAUGCAUAUACUAGUUCUGCACACACACAGAAAAACUGCAUCUACUAGUUCUAAUUGUUGGUCACUAAAAGCAAUCUAUCCUAAACAAGAAGUCGCCUAAACACUUUCUAGCAAGACGUUACUCCGAUGCUUCCUUAAUAGCGAACACAUCUGAGGGCUGUUUUGUCUGUAUUCUAAUCGUCAACUGCAUUCUUGAUCACCCGCACUGGGCAGUAGUCCCUCGUCUGCAGACUUGCUUUGAUCCUCCCUCUUUUUAUAAUGUCUCCGUGUCCACCCUUACGUCUCAUACUAGCCUGACAUCACUCAUAUUAAUGCCUCAUUUCGAUGGAAUUCCAUUCUUAAGACGGAACUUCUUAAGAUUUAGGAUUAAAAUUCUGUUCAGCAUUCAAGCAUUUUUUGAAUCGCUGCAGCUCUGGAAUGAUGUAUUGUGGCUGUUGCCAUGGUGGAGAUUGUAAGAGGAGCUAGAAUCAAAUAGAACGAAAAUGACAGUGCUGCCAAUUUCCACAUAUUCGGAGCAGGAGGUAAACUUAAAUAUUUGAACAGCGGCCCUGUGCUUUUUGGAAGGUCUUGGCAGUGGUUAUGUAAGGUUAGUGAAAUCCGGGCCCGUCGGAAAGCCUUUAUCUCAAAAGGGGACGAACGGGGCAUACGAACACACAUACACAUUAUGAAAACAUGAUGCGCUUGUGCAAUCUUCUUAACACUCCUUCACAGUCAAGUACUUUAUUCUUAUUAAUAACGCUUUUUUUUCUUUAAAAAAUCUUUUCAAUAUACAACACCAUUUUAGACAAGACAAUUCUGUUUACAACUAAAUUCAGAUCAGUUAUGGGUCAUUCAGAACCUAGACGAGCAGACAGUGAGAAAGGGAACGAGACGGACAGCGCUAAAAACGAGAAAUGGAGCGACAUAACAGGAGAAGAGUCAAAAAACUACAGUUAUUCAUACGAUUUC